CAGUACUGACAAGGAACAUUUUACAUAAUGGUAUAACUUCUGACACCAGACGCCGGUUAACAUUUUUAAGAUUACCUUUCCCGAGAAAACUUGAUUCAGUUUGCGCAGCAGGAAGUUAUGUUCGCAAGGGAGGAGAAACUUGUUAUAGAUGAGUUCGUCCAGACAUUAUCCAAAGCUCAAGAGCAGGAGUGUUCCCACUAAAGUGCGUCGACGACAGUCUGAUGCUAAGUGGAGAGCAAGUGUCCAAAGCUGCUAUGAAUCUCUCAAGCUGAUUAUUCCAGAAUCACGCAGGUCUAAUAAGAGAAAGCUGUCAAAGGCUGUAAUUCUGCAAGAAGCUGAAUGCCAUAUUCUUUACUUAGAAGAUGUUUUGACCACUUUAUUGGAAGAGAAAGAAAAACAAAUAGAUCAUGGUCUAAUCCUUCCCUCAAAGAUGUCUCCAAGUACAUUUCAGGAAAUUAAAGAUGAAUUUGUGAUGAAAAGUCAACCACCACUCCAACAUAUACCAAAGUCCAAGAAAGUGAAGGCAGAAAAGAGGCAGAGUGAGUGCUGCUCACCGUACAAGUGUAAAUCUAGAGUGCCACCAUCACCACCACCACUACUACCACCACCAUCUGAACCAGAGAAGAUCAUCUGUACACUUUUCCAAGGGGAUCAAUAUUACUACCUUAGUGGCAAAACUCUCUGUCUUCAGAGAGCCACACCAUCAAAAUCUGAAAGAACCCACCACCUUUAUGAUACCAAACAAAUCGUUGGAAUGACUGUGAAUGAGUCCAGUGCAAUUGUAACUCCAGGAGCAAUAACAGGACCUUAUUUCAGUAGCCAGGAUACAGCUUCCAUCUCCAAGAUGCCCUGUUCUCCCAGUAUCCAUUCAUCAUCUUCCUCAUUGUCAGCCACGGACAAUUCAGAUAUGUCGUUUUUAGAGAGAGUAACUCAACAUUUUGCUAGAUUAGAUGACAAAAAAGCAGAGGUGUUUCUUCCUCAGAUGACUCCAAACAAAAAUGAUCCUGAAUCAGAUAAUAUCAACCAUUGUAGCCCAUGGCAUGCAGCAGCUAUGACAUCUUCCAUCCACAACCAUCCAGCCUUCCUGACACCCUCCAAGGUCACUAGAAAGUUGCCUUUUGAUGUUGGAAGCCCAAGCUCAAUGUCAUUGAAUUCUCCAAAGUUAAAGCUCUUACCAGGCUCUCCUGUUACACCGAUACCAAAAGAGCCCCUUUUCCAUUUUCAGUUUGGGGACAACUUCAUGGAAGUGCCAUCAACUCCAACUCUGAAAUCUGAGGAUGUAGUAGAUGGUGGACGAGAUGACACUAGCAGUCUUUUGUGUACUGAAUCCAUUGAAACCAUGGAACUAGGUGAUGAGACAGAACGGCUGAAGGAACAAUGCUUUCUAGGCCUGAAAAACCCAAACCAGGGAGACGUGCAUUUAACACCAUGUUCUGAUCUCAGAGCGGAAGCCUCAUGUUGUCCAUCAGAGCAAGAGCUUCAAGAUAGACCCAAAAAGGCUGAUGUCAAGAAAAGGAAUCUCUUUCCGGUAGCAUCGGAUAAUGAGAUGACCCCAGCCAAAUAUACAAGGAUUGGAGACAAACCAAAGUGUCGCAAGCAGUUAGAGAGCCUUUACGACCAAGAAAAUGAUAUCUUUCCUACUCCGUUGCCUCUGAAUGUUAUAUCUAUACCAAGUGAUACCAGUGAAUGCUCCAAUUUUGAUGGCUACUUCUACUUCUACCGCCAAAUGUCUGGUGCAUUGGAAAAUCACUUGAAUCAGGAAGAGAUGCGAAGUCCGACUUUUGCUGAAACCAUUUCACAGAUGUGGAAUGAUAUGAAUGAGGACCAGAAGACAACAUUGGUAACCAUAGCAGCAUUGGAGAAUUCAAAUUCUUCCUCUUCCACAUCAACAGAGCUCAGUGAGGAUUUAUCUGACAUUUCUGUUACACCUAUAACGUCAGAUGCUGAUAUAAUUCAAGAAUUUCAGGUUGUUCCCUGCGAAUUACUGCAGACAAAUAAAGAGGGAGAUACAAAGGAGGAUGUUCUUACAAACAUUCAUCAGGGAAAUACUGUGGACAAUUGACCAGAUCAAGGGAACUCAAAGAAUGUUAUGCUUGCUAUAAAGUAUGUUUGUUUUCUGUUCUGUACUGUGCAAAUUUUAUUUAUUGUUUUGGAUAUUCACUAGUUAUUAAAUUUUUUAGAAAUAUUUAAGAAGUUUAAACUUUACUAAAAAUAAUUCACAGUAAUGAGCGAUAUAUUUGUACAUUUAUGUCAGAUUAAUGCACAUUUUUCCAUAAUCUAAAACCAGUGCUGCACUAGCUUAUCAAAAUCUUGAAUGCUUACAUCUAACAUGUUCUUUUUGUGGACUUCCACAUAUGUUGUAAUCCUGUGAAACCAUUUCUAGACAUUUUGAUGUUUUAAUGUAAAGUGACACUAGUUUUGUUGCCAUGCCUGUAUAAUGUGCGUUUCAGUAUGUUGUACAACAAGCUAACUGUUUUAUAUUCACCUGUUGUUAGAAAAAUGUUUUACAGGGAUUGGUGUUUUCCCCCAAAUGUGAACGUGUUCUGCAUGGAUUACAAAGGAGCUGGAUAAUCCAGAUCUGUUAUGCAAGUGUUGGCGAGUGUUAAGCUAAAAGCAUUACUGCUUUGAAAGUCUUGAGCUGGGCAGUUGAAGAGAUAAACAUUUUCAGUAUAAUUAGCCCAGGAUUUCAAAAGGUCUCAAGAUUUUAGGUUGUAAACUGGUUUUUGCAAGUGAACUGUGAGUGUUAUAUGUACAUGGUAGAAGUAAGUUUUAACAAUUUGUUUCUCCAAAUUCCAAGGAAUUGAUUCCAGCUUUUGGCUUUGUUUCAAGAA